UGGGAAGUGUAGUCCCGGAGCCCCGCGAAGUCGGAGGCGCUUCCGCUGCAGGAGGUUGAGCUCGCGGCCUUCGUUUCUCCCGGGGAGGACCACGGACACGAUCGUGGUCUCUGCAGCCUCUUCUCCUCCCCCUGCCCUGUCUUCGGAAAGAGGGCUGCAGAGAGGAGGGGGGAGCCCCGCCGCCCAGGACUCUGCAUUCGUCUUCCGUGUCUGCUCCGAGUGGUGGAAGAAACACUAGCAAAUGUUUCUGCUACAAAGGUGUCCAGUUAUUGUUCAGUAAUUGGGAAGAUACGUAGAACGUGUACAGGGCAGGAGUAAUAGUCAUAAUAGUUAAACCUUGAGUGCUGAGUAUCAGUUUAAGGGCUUUAUAAAAAUUAGCGCGUUCACCUUCACAAGGCCCUGUGAAGUGAAUACUGUUAUCACCUCUAUUUUACAGGCGACAACAUGGAGACAGGGAGCCAGGGAGCGUAAAGUACUUAUCCUGCAGUCACCGUGCUAGGAAGAGCAGGCGGACUCGAGUCUAGGGCUUGUGUUCCUUAGGUCUUUGGUGUCACAGUUUAAACAUCCCCAAAUUGGAGUUAGGAGACAAAAUAGGAAAACAAUAUUCAGCCAUAGGAACCUGGCUGCGGAGGAUCAUUUGGGAUCAAGUUAUGGAGACACAUUCUUCCCCCUGAGUUUUUUAAAGCAAACUCUGAUGUUGACCCAGCAGACUUAAAAAUUAGCUGUCAUCCGUGGUUUAUCCAUGAGGACCAGGAGAGGCGAGAUUGUGUUAGUUCCCUAGGGCCAUUGUAACAAAAACCACAGACCGAGGGUCUUCAACAAUGGGAAUAUGUUUUCUCACAGUUCUGGAGCCAGAAGUCCGAGAUCAAGGUGUUGGCAGGUUUGGUUUCUUCGAAGUCUCCCUCCUUGGCUUCUAGACGGCUUCCUUCCUAUGCUCUCACGUGGUCUUUCCGCUGUGUGUGUACGUGCCCCCGCCGUCCCUCUCUGUGUCCACAUUUCCUCUUACCGGCACACCAGUUAGAUCGAUGUAGGGUCCACACUAACAACCUCGUUUUAACUUAAUCACCUCUUUAAAGGCCCCAUCUCCCAAUACGGUCACAUUCUGAGGUGCUGGGGAGUUAGGGCCUGAACAUAUGGGUUUGGGGGGGGGGGGUCAUAAUUCAGCCCAUAACAGAGAGAUUAACAGCAACUCUGGUUUCACUCUUGGCGACCAGGAGAAUGUAGCUUGCGUGAGAAGGUUAGAAAGAGCUGCAGUUAGAGAAGGAGGAUGCUGACUUUUUUUGGCUCCUUUGGAGUCACCCUUGCCACUGGCAUGGAACCCUGGGUUCUUCUCUCUCUCCUCUUAGGCUUUGGGGCCCGCUGCUUCAUGGACCUUGUCGUCUUCUCCUCGGAGCGCUCAGCACGAGGUCGGCCGAGGGAAGUUACUCAGUGAGAAGGAGGAGCCCCUGUCCUAAAUAGUAUGAGAUGGCUGAACACAUGACACCCAACACUGGACAGACGAGAGUGGCAGUAAUCUCUUAGUCUCACACGUACUCACAGCCUGUGGGAGGAGAACACUGUACGCCGUGGAGGGCCAUCUGGGGAUGCAUUCAGGAAUAGAAGAACCAGCAGGGGCCAUGAAGCAGUAGAGAGACAAGAUCUAGAAUACUGCCUCUGACGGGAGGGCUGCCUUCAGGUUCCUGCCUCUUGACCUCACCAAGCCUCAGCUUGCUCAUCUGUUAAAUGGGAACAGCAUUGUCGUCAUCAUGAGUUAUUGAGAAGUUCCUAAAAUGCCAGCUGAGGAUAGGCACAGAGGUGUAGACCGGACCAGGGUCACACGACUGGUGCAGCAGUAGCAUCUUUAAAGGCUCAGCCCUUCCCCAGAAGGAGGAGGACAAAAUGACCAAGUUCAAGGAGCCGGUGACCUUCGAGGACGUGGCUGUGGUCUUCACGGAGGAGGAGCUGGGGCUGCUGGACGCCACCCAGAGGCAGCUGUACCGGGACGUGAUGCUGGAGAACUUCAGGAACCUGCUCUCAGUGGAUGUUGGUCCCCGGCUUUUCACAGGGCAUCAGUCCGUCACACCAGAUGGAAUACCCCGGUUAGAGAGAGAAGAAAAGCUUUGGCUGGUAAAGACAGCAGCCCAGAGCCAGAGCUCCUCAGGAGACAAGAAUCUGAAUGACAUGGAGACCCUUCAAGAAGUUGGAUCGAGGAGCCUGCCCCAUGAAGAGCUUUUCCACUCACAGAUCUGGCACCAGGUUAUGAAAGAGUUAACCAGAUGUCGAGACUCCAUAGUAAAUAUUCAAGGAACUGGGUCUCACUUGGAAAAACAACAUGGUGCACCCUCUAAAUAUGAGAAAUUUGGUAAAGGCUUCAAUCGGAGUUCACAUCUUCAAGUUCACUGCAGAGUCCAAACUGGAGAAAAACCCUACAAACAAGAGGAGUGCGAGAAAGGUUUCAUUCGGGGCUCUCCUCUUCAAAUUAACCCAACAGCCCAUGCAGGAGAGAAACCCUAUAAAUGUGACAAAUGUGAAAACGCCUUCCGUCGGUUUUCGAGUCUUCAAGCCCAUCAGAGAGUCCACAGUAGAGAGAGAUCGUCCACAUGUGAUACGUCAUGGAAGGGUUUCAGUCAGAAGUCAUUUCUUCGUCGUCAUCAGAGAGUCCCCACUGGAGAGGAUCCACACGAAUUUGAGGAGUGUGGGAGGAAUGUCCGGAAAAACUCUCAUUGUCAGGCUCCUGUGAUAGUCCACUCAUUAGAGAAACCCUAUAAAUGUGGGGAGUGUGGGCUGGCCUUCAGUCAGCGCUCGUAUCUUCAAGUCCAUCAGAGAGUCCACACAGGAAAGAAACCUUAUCAGUGUGAAGAGUGUGGGAAGGGCUUCAGUUGGCGUUCACGACUUCAGGCUCAUCAGCGGAUCCACACCGGAGAGAAACCCUACAAGUGCGAUGCAUGUGGCAAGGGUUUCAGUUACAGCUCACAUCUUAACAUUCACUGUAGAAUCCACACAGGAGAGAAACCUUAUAAAUGUGAGGAGUGUGGGAAAGGCUUCAGUGUGGGUUCCCACCUUCAAGCCCAUCAGAUAAGCCACACUGGAGAGAAACCGUACAAAUGUGAGGAGUGUGGGAAGGGCUUCUGUCGAGCCUCAAAUCUUCUGGACCAUCAGAGAGGCCACACUGGUGAGAAACCAUAUCAGUGUGAUGCAUGUGGGAAGGGCUUCAGUCGUAGCUCAGAUUUUAACAUCCAUUUUCGAGUCCACACGGGAGAGAAACCCUAUAAAUGUGAGGAGUGUGGGAAGGGCUUCAGUCAGGCCUCCAAUCUCCUGGCCCAUCAAAGAGGCCACACUGGAGAAAAACCAUAUAAAUGCGGUACCUGUGGGAAGGGCUUCAGUCGGAGUUCAGAUCUUAACGUUCAUUGUAGGAUCCACACAGGAGAGAAACCCUAUAAAUGUGAGAAGUGUGGGAAGGCCUUCAGCCAGUUCUCAAGUCUUCAGGUGCAUCAGAGAGUCCACACUGGAGAGAAACCAUAUCAGUGUGCAGAGUGUGGGAAAGGCUUCAGCGUGGGUUCACAGCUUCAGGCCCAUCAGAGGUGCCAUACUGGAGAGAAGCCGUACCAGUGUGAGGAAUGUGGGAAGGGCUUCUGUCGGGCCUCAAAUUUUCUGGCGCAUCGUGGAGUCCACACAGGAGAGAAGCCAUACCGAUGUGAUGUGUGUGGUAAGCGCUUCAGGCAGAGAUCAUACCUUCAAGCCCACCAGAGGGUCCACACUGGAGAGAAGCCAUAUAAAUGUGAAGAGUGUGGGAAGGUCUUCAGUUGGAGCUCAUACCUGCAAGCCCAUCAGAGAGUCCACACUGGAGAAAAACCCUACAAAUGUGAGGAGUGUGGGAAGGGCUUCAGUUGGAGCUCAAGUCUUAUAAUUCAUCAGAGAGUCCAUGUUGAUGAUGAGGGUGACAAGGACUUAGCCUCAUCAGAGAAUUCAUACAGGAAAGAAGCUCUAUAAAAUUGUGUGUUUUCAUACCUCAAUGGGUGCUGAAAUAGUCCAAUUAUCAGAGCUAUCAUAGCAGACAAAAUAUUUGUUCCAUAAGAGUCACCCAGAGCUUGACAUGUCAUGGUGGUUGGUUGACCACACAGCAGAGAAGCCUCAUGAGAGUGGAGAUGAGGAGUUCAUUGAGAGCCUUGACAUUUAGCAGAUGUUACACAGAAGAAGGAUGCAUCUGAUCUGGAGUUAACCAAAAGUACUAAGAUGGGAAUGCCCAAAUUGAUUCCACCAGCGUCUCAGCUCCAAGAGCAUGGGGACUUUCUUGACUGUCAAAUCUACUCUGCCUUUUCAGUGCCUAACACAGUGUAGGUCUUCAGUAAUUGUCAAAUGAAUACAAGGGAGAACAGUCAUCGUAGGAAUUUUUAUUCAGUUCAUCUCUGAAAAUUGUAUAAAAUUGUACUUAGAAGAGGAAUUCUACCAGCCUUGCAAGGCAUUUCUGUUAGACCACAUGGGCUCAUUUUCCCAACCAUGCAGUUUCUGUGAACUAGUGAUUAUCAAACUCAAAUUUGUAGCGCGUUACUGGGUCCAGAAAUAAUUCAGCAAGUUGUGACCAGGAGUUUUCUAUGCUAAAAAUUGAGGUAUAAUUCGCAUGCAGUAACAUGCAUAAAUCUCAAGUUUACAGCUUCAUGAAUUUUGACAAAUGCACACACCUGUGUAGUCAUUGCCAAGAUCAAUGUGUACAAUAUUUCUAUUAAAGCAGAAUGUUUCCGUG